AUGGCAUGGAUUAGUCGCUCCGAUACGAUGCCACAGAGCUCUCCACCAUCGUCCCCUGCCUUGUCAAGCUCCUAUCAUUCCAUACGUCCUAGAAGACCUAGUCUUGAGUUCGAGGGUGAAAUCUUGUCUACCCGUGGUCAACGUUUGGCAAGUCUUAUUCGCAGGCGUUCUAUCUCCACCCAGAGCCCUGAACCCUGGGAUGAUAGUACUCGGCAUGAUGACCUUCCGCCAUGGGAACGGGCGAAGAAAUUGAUCGGGGACGUUAAAUCCGUCUAUAAUUGGCAACUGUAUUAUAGAGACCCCAAAUCGUUAGAAGGAAUGGGAAAAAAGCUACGUGAAUAUUAUGAACGGAACAAUAAUCUCAUCGCGCAAUACGUAUACAUUGACCGACUACUGGACUCAUCAUUGCCGCACCGCCUCAUUGGAGAUUAUCACCAAAAUCGAGAUGUUAUACCUGAAAUGCACUCCUGGAAUUCCGGAAACGAAUACGAACCGGACAACAGCCUGUCUACUGUUCCUGCUGAUGGUAAUGGUAAUAGUAAUGGAGAGCCGCAACAAAAGCAAGACCGAAUUAAACGGACUCCGCGCAACCUCUAUCGAAUCCCAGAUGAGAGCACGCCUCUUUUACCUCAGGACGGAAACGAAAGCGCCCCGUCUCUAUCCGAUGGCGGGGCGAAAGACGACGACUUCGUGGAUAGCAGUGCCCGUAUUGUUACUAUUGCCAUCUACGUGAACUUCGUCGCCAACGUGGUCUUACUAAUAGCAAAAAUAGUUGUCAUGUCCAUGACCAACUCCCUUUCUGUUCUUGCUAGUUUGGUGGAUGGCGCAUUGGACUUUCUGAGCACUGCCAUUGUCUGGGUGACAACGACCCUCAUUCAGAAGGACGACCGCUAUCAGUACCCCAUUAGCAGACGUCGACUGGAACCCCUGAGCGUGUUGGUUUUCGCCGUCGUGAUGAUGACCUCCUUUGUUCAAGUGGCCAUCACCUCCUUCACUCGGCUGAUCUCCGACGAUACAAGCUUAGUUAACCUCACGAUACCUUCGAUUGCGGUGAUGGCCAGCACCGUAGUCGUGAAACUCGCAUGUUGGUUCUGGUGUCGAUUAAUCAAGAACUCAAGUGUCCAGGCCCUGGCACAAGAUGCUGAAACAGACGUGGUAUUCAACUUCUUCAGUAUCCUUUUCCCUCUGAUCGGCUCCUUCACCAAACUAUGGUGGGUCGAUCCCUUAGGCGGUCUUCUCCUCUCAGUCUACAUCAUAUGGAACUGGAGCGGAACCGCAGGCGAGCAUAUUCGCCAUCUCACCGGAGCGGCUGCAUCUCCCAUCGACCAGAGUGUUCUACUUUACAUGACCAUGCGAUUCUCCAAAGCCAUCCUCAAGAUCCAGAACCUAAGGGCCUAUUAUGCCGGAGACCUCUUGAAUGUCGAAGUAGACAUCAUCCUGGAAGGGAAGACCCGGCUGCGCGAUGCUCAUGACAUCGGCGAGAGUCUGCAGUACAUGAUCGAGAGUGUCCCCACGGUCGACCGUGCCUUCGUACACAUGGAUUAUGAUCCGUGGAAUAUCCCUACUCACCUGAAUCAACAGGCUCAUUAA